AUGGAAACACUUGGAAUUAUUUGUUAUUGUUUUGAAAUCGACAAGAAUAUGGCACCGUUUGCAAAAGUGAACAAAAUUUAUCCAUUUUUUUACGCAGGCAAGAAUAUUUUGAGCUAUAUUAACUACGGCAUCACGAGAUCACUAUAAGAUGGAGAACAAAGAUAACCUCCAGGAAGAGUUGUCAUCAUUUCGUCGACAAUGGCACGAGGAAUUGCAACAGCGCAGCAGAUCAAACUCGCCUCAAAUACCAGAAGAACCAAGCCCAACUGAUAACCAUUCUGCAUCUCAAAACCAAUGUCUUAAACCAGCAAACACAGAUGAGAGCAUUGAAAAUAGGGCAAAAUAUCUCUUUUUGACCGGCGUUGCCCUGGAACAGAAAGGAAGAAUGCCUGAAGCAAUUCGAUAUUAUCGUCAGGCUAUUCAGUUGCUACCAGACAUCGAAAACAGGAUUUCUGAUUUUAACGAACUUGUUCCAAAAACUGAAUCACCUCAAGAGAUAUUUCUCCAGGAUAUGAACGAAGAUGACGAAGAUGGGACAUUAGCAACUUACAAUAUGAAUAUUUACAGGUCAAAGGAACUGGAAUGUGUUGUCAAGGAAUUUGAUAAAAUGAGCGUAAAAGGGAUUUGUGAACCAGAAUUUCCAACAACUAAAACUCACAUAUCUGCAUUGCCUGCCGAGCUUUUGAUGUACAUCUUCAAAUGGGUUGUAUCUCUACAUCUCGACCUAAGAUCGCUAGAGAGAUUAGGUCAGGUCUGUAGAGGUUUUUACGCAUUGGCCAGAGACACGGAGAUUUGGCGGUUGGCCUGUCUAAGGGUAUGGGGUGUGAAUCUUGGAUCGACAGUAUCGUGGAAUGGAUCCUGGAGGGAGAUGUAUCUGAAACGAGCUCACAUUUUGUACAACGGCGUUUACAUCAGUAAGGUCAGUUACACCAGGCCAAGUGAACCAACAUUUGAACAACACUACACUCCCUAUCAACUGAUCAUUUACUAUCGUUACCUUCGAUUUUUCACUGACGGAUCAGUGCUGUUUCUCACGAGCCCAGAUGAACCUCAUCUUUCUAUUCCACGACUCUCGUUGAAGAACGAGAACAACAGCAUAUGGCGUGGCAACUGCAGACUGGUUGGAGAUAAAGUUUUGCUGGUGAUUCAGCGAACGGGUUAUCCAUCGCGUAGAAGAGGCAGAAGACCAGCACAGUCGGGCAGUGAAAGAGUAUUUCACAUGGAGCUUCAGCUGGAGAACACGAAGAAAAAACGAAAUAACAAACUAACCUGGGUGCAGUACACCUGUCAAACAUUUUCCAGGGGUACCGAAACUACGACGGUUUCUCAAUUUGAUCUCAACAACGAACAGUUUUGUCCAUUUUAUUUCUCCCGUGUUAGAAGUUAUGAGACGUCUUUGUCCGCCCCUUUGGGAUUGGAGGGGCCUUGAAGUGUGUUCACGUGGACAAUGAUCACGUGUUAUGUGAACAUAUAUCACAUGUCUAAUAUGUAAAUAGAUAUGACAAGUUUUCAUUGUCACGUGAACAGUUUGCUUUGUCACGUGAAAAUUUGUUUUUCUUUCAACAGUGAAACUCUU